UCGCCAAUCAAUAUGGCCUCUAUGGGAAAACACGAGCGGAGGAGGACGCUAAACACUACUUGAAAGAGAAAGAAGAGCUGGAGAGAGAGAGGGAUGGAAUACGGAACACUCUGCUGACACUGAGACAAGCGAGGAGAGAGGUGAAGGAGAGGUUGAAGACUGCUUCAGAGGAGCAGAGGGGCUCCCUGAGUGAGCGUGUGUCCCAGCUAGAGGAGGCUUGCCGUGGGAAGGAAAGUGAGAGGGUGGACCUGGAGCUCCGUCUCACCCAGGUUAAAGACAACCUGCAGAAGAGUCUAGCAGGAGGAGCUCUGGGGCCACCUGGGGAGAGCAAACCCUCCAGCAAGGUCUAUAGCAGGCCCUACUGCUCUGGAUCUAUACCAGUCAGCUGUAAGAAACCUCCUAUCUACUCUUCCUAUAAAGGAACAGUCAUGCAGAAAGCCAAGGAAUGGGAGUCGAAGAAAUGCGCUUAGGGCAUAAGGAUGUUAAAGCAAGACUGGAGAUGAUUGGAGGCAUAUCAGAGAGAGGAUGUGUUGUUUAGAUUGUUGUAGAGAAAUGGACAGGUAUUCAGGACAUUGAGCCAGUGUACAGAAAGGAUAUGAAUUUACCUUGAUAAACGACAGAGAAAGGGACAUUGAGAGAUCUAAGAAUGUUCCAUAGAACAGGAAUGGAAGACAAUGGACAUGGAAGGAAAACUCAG